GAAUUCGAAAAGCGAGGGGUUUGGCGCAGGCAGGCCUUCACUUAUCUGGCUGAUCCUGGCGCCGAUAAUCGGCUAAUCCGCGCGUCGAAGGCUCCAAAUGCUUCACACAAGUACCAAACAGCGAUCGCACCGCCCGUUGGCCGCAGGAAGGGAGCCUUCACCUCCAUUUCCGCCACGGUAAACGGCAUUUUGGCUCAGCCUGUAAAAUUUUCUUCUGCUCCGUUUCUGCCACACAGAUUUUUCUCUACCUUUUGCGCGACAUCCCUCCCUAUGGCUUCAGCACUGUCGUCGCGGCGUAUAGUGGGCCUCCUUCUGCUGCUCUGCGUGGUGUUUAUCUGGGUCGGCUCGUCGUUCCUGGUCAGCAACCUGUUUGGCGAGCAAGACUUUAACCACCCGUUUUUCAUCACAUACCUGAACACAGGCACAUUCUCGUUCUACCUGGUCGGGGCGUACUUUUCGCGGCGGCACUCGCACGACCGCAUCGGCCAGCGCAAGCGGUCAGCGAGCGAAGAGAGCCUCAGCUCGCAGACAAGCGAGGAGGGCUCGCCAUUAGUCAGCGAUGGGCAGCCGGCACAGCAUUCCCACGCACCACCACUCUUGCAGGCCAAGCUGACAGUGCGCGAGACGGUGCAGCUGGGAGUCAGCUUCUGCAUGCUGUGGUUUGCAGCAAACAUCACUCAGAAUGCGUCUCUGGCAUACACGACAGUGGCCAAUUCGUCUAUCUUGUGCGCGACCUCGGGCCUGUUUACGCUGGCAAUUGGCGCAGUUGCAGGCGUGGAGCGGUUCAACGCGAUGCGGCUGGGAGCGGUGCUGGUGAGCAUCAUGGGAGUGUACAGCAUCAUGCACUACGGGGCCGACCCGGCGGGCGUGCAGGCCAUGCCGCUGGCAUGGUUCGGCGACCUGCUGGCACUGAGCAGCGCAUUCCUGUACGGCUGCUACACGACGCUGCUGAAGCUGAAGAUCGGCGACGAGUCAAGGCUCGACUCGUCGCUGUUCUUUGGGUCGGUCGGGCUGGCGAACAUUGUGCUGCUGUGGCCCGGGUUCUUCCUGCUGCACUGGCUGGGCAUUGAGACGUUUGCGCUGCCGGGGUCGGCGAGCCUCUGGCUGAUGAUCCUUGUCAACGCGCUCAUCGGCACGUUCCUGUCGGACUACCUGUGGCUGAUGGCGGUGCUGAUGACCUCGCCGCUGGUGGUGACGCUGGGGCUGUCGUUGACCAUUCCGCUGAGCAUGGCCGGCGAUAUCCUGUGGAAGGGCGUUGCUGUUGGGCUGCCGUACUAUGUUGGCGCGGUGAUGAUUUUGGCAGCGUUCAUUGCGGCCAACCUGUAACCAGAUGUGUCCCAGCAGAAAUUUGCUCAAUCACGCAAGUGCGCCAAGUGGGGGAACAAUUUUGCCCCCUUUUUAUCCCGCUCCCGCCCGAUUUUCUCCCU